CCUGAAGCCCUGGAUAUAUUUCUGAAAGAGGGAUUCUGGGGCUGAAAUUGAAAGAUCUCAGUCCACUGGGCUCAGGAUGGGUGUGGCAUGGCCCUUUCUGAGAACUGGAGGAGGUCCAACAACUGCUGGAGAAAGCCCCUUGUCUGGUGGAUCCAGGAGCCUGGGUGGAACAAGGAAACCCCCACCCACCCUUAUCCCAUCCAAACAGCCACAGGGAUCCAUGAGCCAACAGCCAGAACCAGGAAGAGCCGCAGCUCAUUUUUUGAGGCUUAAACCCUGCAUCCUGCUCUUUGCAACCUGAUAGCCCAUCAUGCUUGGGCUAAGGAAUCUUCCUAGACUCUAGUCUGAGCCAAGAAUUUUGUAAGCAAGCAAAGGAGGUCCCAGAGAUGGGGCAAAAGACACUCAGGAACUGUAGAUCUGUCUCCCAAGGGAUAAGACGCCCUAACUCAGCUGGUCAGGGUCUGUUCAGCCAUGGCUGAGUGCCAGAGGUGAAAGUGCUCGGCUCUCUGCCUGUCCAUGGGCUAACUGGCCAUGCAAUUGGAGGACCGGGUUUUGCAGCUGAUGCUCUUGGCUGCUGAGGGGCUCCCUGGAGGCUGGGCUGGUCUGGCUGUCAAGACUUGGGCUCAGCUGUAGGAUGUCUUGGAUGUGAGGACAGAAAGUAAGGUAGUGUUAUUGCAUGGGCUCUUCCCUACCUCUUGGGAGGGUCAAGCUAGAGCUGUUUGCUACCAAACAUUUUUCUAUUAACUAAGCAUCCCGCCCAUCUGGACAGGAAUAGGCUGAAGGCUUGACAAGCAGCAGGGAGCUAGGCUCCUACUGCCAACAACCAAAGAUUCCACAUUUGUAAGGGAUGGAAAGAGCCCCUGGGAAGCCAGAACCAGCCCCUCCCUGUUCAGCAUUGAAGACUGACACAAAAAGCAAGGAACGCCUGGGCAGCCUGCAGUGGAAAGUUGGAGCCAUGGUGUGUGGCAAACGGAUGCAGGAGCAGAGAGCAGCUAGGAAGAGUAAGACUCAGAGGACGUGGUGGGGCAUGGCGGGGAAAAUGCAGUUCCUGGCCUCGCUAAUAGUUGCCACUUGCCUCCUCCCUGGGGUGACUACAACCCAGCACCAUGCAGGGCAGCCCAUGGACAGCACCAGCGUGGGAGGUGGCCUGCAGGAGCCAGAGGCCCCGGAAGUGAUGUUUGAGCUGCUCUGGGCUGGGCUGGAGCUGAAUGUCAUGGGGCAGCUGCACAUCCAGGACGAGGAACUGGCGUCCACACAUCCAGGCCACCGACUCAGGCUUCUUCUGCAGCACAACGUGCCCAGUGACUUGGAGGGUGCUAAGCAGCGGCUGCAGCAGUUCCAGGACCUGCGGAAGGGGCCUCCUCUUAGCCCUUGGGACUUUGAAAAUCUGCUCCUCACAGGUCUAUCCUGUGUCUACCGGCUCCACAAGGCUAGCGAGGCUGAGGAGAGGGGUCGCUGGGCUCAGGUCUUUGCCCUCCUGGCACAGGAAACACUCUGGGACCUGUGUAAGGGCUUCUGCCCCCAUGACCAGCCCCCUUCUCUGGGACCCUGGGCUUUGAUCCUUGACCCCUUCCCCUGACCCUUCCCUUUCACUUGCCAGCCUCCCCACCCACACCCCCAAGCCAGACCCAUCCUAGGAAAGGACUUCCAUCUGAUACCUACUUCUUCUUCCUGUGUUCUGGUCUCUGGGCUUGGCUUGUACCCUGGACCCCUGUUUACUCCUCCCCCAUCUUCUUCCCUGGGUCCUCAUAGGCUAAGAGCCAGGGCUCUAGGUCCCAGGCAGCAGGUGCAGGGCUAAAGGCAGAGUUGUGCAUUUUUGGGGUUGAGCAGUGUGUUUAAGAGAUGCUAAAAGCAAAGCUGCCAAGUAAGGCCAGGUCAGACCCUCCAACUCCUACCCUGGCAGUUGGUGAGAGGACUUGUAGAAUCUAACAGGAACCUGGUAAGCGCUCAGCACCCAUUCCUAAUUUAGAUACCACUUUUAAGCCCAACCAGUGCUCUGGGAUCCCUGAACUUCUAAGUUCUCCAUUUGGGCUGGGAGAAUAGACUGGAUAUUUUUAGUUUGGUCUGUUGGAGGAAAGAAAGGAAACAGAGGAAUAUACUUUUCUUGAUGGGGGGAAUGUUUUUUUUUGUUUGGUCCCUCUUGACAAGGCUUAUGAGAUGAACACCCUAGAACGAAGUGAGGCUGGGAGGGGGCUGACGGAGAGACGAGCUGCGCCUGGCUGGUAUAGCCCUGAUCUUGUGUUGCUCAUCCUAUAAAAUGUUCUGUUCCGGCCUCCUGGAGCCUGAUUCCUUCCAUGUCAGAGUAAGUUGUUUAACCCCUGUCCUGAGCGAAUCACCCUCUUUCUCCUGGAAGGGCAGGAAUUGGGGCAACCAAGUAUCAACUGUUCAUCCCAUUCACAUGCCCUACUGGAAGAAGGGAUGUGCUGUUUCCUUGAAUCCCAUACCCCCAGAGAGGAGGCAGGGUGUUGCCCCUUGUCACAAAAGGGAAUCACCCAUCAGUGGGCCCUAAGAAUGACGUCGAAGGUCAAUGGGGAGGAGUCAGAGGGACUGCCUGGAAAGGGACAUGAAGGGGAGGCCCACAACGGCUUAGGUUAGUAGGGUUCAAUCCAAUCCCCACCUACUUGCCCUCCCAGGACCUCACCAAAUCCUGCCCUCUGACCUCUCACCCUGACCCUGCACCUGCAUUAGUGUCUUCCCACCCCGCCCGGAAACAACAGUGUCGCAGUCAAGACAGUGCAGGACCCUGGGUGACCGCCGCCGGCGCAGGCCUACUUUAUUGGCAGAGUCCAGCCGCGCAGGCCGUCAUGCUCGCGCCGGCGGGGCGUUCGGGACACGGCCCCGGCUCCUCUCCCGGUGGCAGC